AUGACAGACGAAAAUGGAGCACCACAUGCCAAUGUCAACGGUGUCGUCAAUCAGCAGGAAGACCUCGAGCUUUCUGGUCGAGACAAACUUGAACUUUUUCGAAAGGAGGCAAUAUACCGUCGUAUGAAGCAUUACUCACGCGAAUGCGAGUAUAAUCAAGCUCGUAUUGCGGAAUUGGAGGAGAGGAAAGUAACUUGUGAAGCAGGUCUCGCUGCGAUGUCGGCUUGCUGGCAACUACUGAUGGACACGUUACGGUCGAUGGUGGACCCGGACGAUGAAGAGCCUCCUACAACAGACGAGAUUCGAGACUUAUAUCAUAUCAGCACUUUUGUUACAGAAGAUACCAUGCCGGAGCUGAAGUCGAGUCUGGAAAAAACUCAACGAGCAACCGCUCAAGUAGUAUCGAAGAUCCUCAGCAAGGCUGGUGUGCCUGCGAAACAUCUCGAUGCUCAGAGUCGGAAAGCGCAGGCUGAGUCUGCUGCUCUGAAGUCGCAACUGGAUCUUCUGCGAGUCAAGCUACACGACUCUGAGGAGACAAGCCAACGUUAUAGAGAAGCUCUUUCCGCCGCUGAAAAUCGUUUAGAGCGAUUGCAAAGUAAAACAGUGAAGGCGCUUCAGCUCAAGCCUGCCCCCGAAGCAGAGGAACAAGAACGUAUGACGGAAAGAGAACAGAGAAAGCCGUCCUCUCCUGAACGUAAGGGGGACCAUGAGGAGAUCGCGCAACUUGAAGAGGUUUAUUGGCAGGAUAUUGCUGAAUCCAGAGAGAAACGAAUAUUUGAACUUGAGUAUCAGGUUAUGGACUUGACUGGGAAAUUACACAGCGCUGUAAUACAGAUGCAGACGCCGACACUUCAACAGCUUGCGAAUAGCGUUCAUUAUAAGAUGCUCAUGAUGCGUCUCUCACAAGUUUCGACGUCAUUGUCCGAGAAAGAGCAGGAGAUCGCGAAGUUGAAGAUUGAGCUCCAAGAGAGUAUAUCGGCCAAUAAAGUAGCAGAGGAAGCAUUACAGAGGGAUACAGCGCAGGAAAUAGCCGACCUGAAAACUUUAGUUGCACAACGGGAUACUAACCUUGCACGUCUACGGGAAAAUCGGGAUCAACAAGGCGCGGAGUUGCACGAACGUAGACUAAAGGAAUCAGUGAGAAUCACGUCUUGUGAGGAGCAUAAAACGUUAGCCGCGUCUCGAGCGGAACGAAUCAAUGUCUUGAAUUCGCAACUCAAACGAUGUAGAUUGCAGCUCGCUGCUCAAGCGAACCGAGAAGAUAUAGUUUCAUUCCUUUUGGAGGUUCCUAAUGAUGACAUGAAUUAUGUCGAAGCUUUACACUUGGAACUUUCCAACGUCAAGAAACGACUUGCCACUUUAGAACAAGCUUGUUCAAACCUUGACGAAGAUCACCCCGAUAUAGCGCGGCAUAUUCAAGCUGAAGCUGAAGCAUUGCAAAAGCUGUCAGACGUUUCUACAGAAUUGGAGAGGUACCACACGGUUUACGGCGAACUUUCAUCCCUACACCCUGAUGUUAGUCAACUCGCAAGUCAGCUUCAACAGAAAGAAGGCGAACUUCAAAGGCUCAGGUUGCUUGAUAAGCAACGUGAACAGACGGAGACAUCGUUAUAUACUGAGGUGGAAAAGCUUUCCGCAGCGUGGGAGGCCCUUGACACCCAGGUUAAAGGAAAGGUGUUUGAUUUGACUGCUAUGGAGGAUAAACUUGUAAAAGCGUUAACUGAAAAAGCAAAAGCUGAAAACAAGUUUUAUGCUUCGAUGCGAGACAAGGAAGCGACCGAGUUGGAACGAAAGAACCUGGCUCGUAAUCUCGAAAAACAUGCCAAGGUGGUGGAAACGCUGAAGGAAAGCGAAAACAAGUUGAAGGAGCAAAUUGCUAUGGCUCAAAAAAUUUUGGUAUCACGAGAGCAAAGUUCCAAUUGUCACCAAAAGGAAAUAAAUGACCUUCGGAUGAAACACAAGGAGCUUGAAGGCUUACUGCAUGAGGAGAGGACUAAAUACCAGACGCUGUUCCGGAACACGCACGCGGUGGAGAAAGACACACUAAACCUGCAACGUCAACUCCGAAGCAAGAUGGAAGACUGUGACCGCUCGAAGAAGGACCUGCAGCGGCAAGCUCUGAAGUUGCAAUCGAAGGAGAGAUUGUUAUCAUCUAGGGCAAGGGCGACUGAUCAAGAUGUCGACUCGAGAGUGGCUGACUCCAUGAAAAUACUGAGAUGUUCAACAUGCAAUAUCAAUUUCCGUAAAGUCCUGCUCACAAAAUGCUGGCAUACAUUUUGCAAAGACUGUAUCGAGGCGAGAAUAUCAACACGGCAACGGAAAUGCCCUGCAUGCAAUGUGGCAUUUGGACAGUCGGAUGUACAGACUAUCUUCUUUCAAUGA